GACUCAUGAUUCAUCCUCUCUCUCUCUCUCUCUUUCUCCUCCUCUUCCUCCUCAUUAUCAAGUCUUCUUUCCCCAUCUUUUUUACGCUGGCGUUUCGUCAGGUGGUCAAUGUCGUGGCAUAUGCACAAAUGGAUACGGGACAUGGAGUUGCUACACAGGGAUACAAUGCUCUCGACUCGUGAUUU